UGCUCCUGCCCCAUGGAAACCCUAGUGCUGGGACAGAUGCCCUGGGCUGGACUCCUGCUGCUGCCCCUUCUCCUCUACUUCUGGCCAGAGACCGCCGGGAGCAUCGAUCCAGCCACGCUCAGAGUGAUCAUGGAUUGUAUGAACUGGCCCCUCACACUAGGUAAAUGUCAAUACGCCUUCGUCGUGAGCCUGCCCCAUGAGACGUGUAACCAACCCACCAAUCUGCAGGAGCAGCUGCCCGAGGAAGCGCUGAAUGCCAUGAAUGGGGCGCUUGCUAGGCAACGUAGGCCGUACACCCGGAAUGACGGGCCUAUCGUAGUGGCCCGGCUUAGACAUCAGAGGACUCACUGGCAGCACAGCGAGUGCCGUCUGCUCUUUGGGGGCCAGAACAGCUGGGUGGCCCAGCUUAAGGCCAGGACCUGCAGACCGAACUGCUGCCUGAUCUUAUUCACCCUCAACUCGCCCUGCACGAGCAUGUGCCUGGUGGUAAACGGGCCCUUCAACAUCCUCGGCAUGACCCGCGCUGCCUUCUCGGACAUCGACAACAACUACCAGGCCUUUGUCUUUGAGAGCAUCUUUGUUAACGAUUCGUGGCCCAUGGUGACCCCCCAGGAGCUGCGGGAUGCCUGGCACCGGGUGCAUGACGUGCCCCUACAAUGCUGCGACAACAACAGCUGCCGGGACUGCGCUUUGGUGGCCCCCCAAAACAACCCCUGCCUGGCUGGGAAGAUUCACACACUUGGGAGCAAAUAAAAUGGCCCAGAUUAU